CCUUCACCCCGCUCGCGCGCUGGUGCACCGUGUGACGCUGAACACACAUCCCACCGUUGGCUAUCAGGCCCCGAUAUACCAUGGCUUCCGAAGCCGCGAUCCCGGACCCAUCCGAGACAAGAGUCCCGGUGGUCAUUGGCGGUGUUGUAUUUCUCCUCGUCGUCUCCACUUUGACGGUCGGGCUGCGUAUCUUGAGCCGGGGGCUGUUGAAGCAAUUUGCGCUAGACGAUGCAACCGCGAUCGCCGCAUGGGCGACUAUAAUGGGAUGUGGUGUUUCUCAAGCCGCAAUGACCAAAUAUGGUCUCGGGAGACAUAUGAGCACACUAACUCCGCAAGAAAUAGUACUUUAUCUCAGGUGCUUUUGGUUAUCCGUCAUGUUUUACACCUACUCUCUUUUCUUCAUCAAGAUGACAUUUCUUCUCAACUAUUACCGCCUUCUGUCCGUCUCCAAGAUGCGAGGAAUGUGCAUUGCAGCUAUCGUUGUCAUAUUACUGUGGGGACUUGCUCACGGAAUCUUGGUCUUUUUGUUGUGUAUUCCUAUUCAGGGCUGGUGGGACAAAAGCAUCGACGCCAAGUGUCUCCCCGACGACCAACAGGUGCAUUGGUGGUAUUUCAACGGAGCUUUCAACAUUUUCAGCGACAUCUGCAUAAUACUUCUUCCCCUUCCGGACUUGUGGAAGCUAAACCUACCUCGCUCUCAGAAAGUCUACCUCAUGGGCAUUUUCUGCAUAGGGUUCUUGAUUGUUGCCAUUUCAAUCAUGCGGAUUCGAUGGCUUCACCCCGAGCCGGACGUGACAUGGUGGAAUGUCGAGCCCGCUCUGUGGUCGCUCGCGGAAAUAACAGCCGGCAUUGCAUGCGCCUGUCUCCCAUUCUUCAAGCCCUUGACUGUGCGGAUCAAGACGUUUGUUACUCGCAAUUCGGCGGCUUUAAGCAAGCUGAGACUACGGUCGAAAUCCAACAGGUCAGAGAUGGAGUCUUGCGCAACUGUGGUUGAAGAACAGGGACAAUCAAGCCGAGACCGAAAAGUACUGGGCAGCGUGGACAGUGAACAAACUGUUGUUAAUGGAAUGAAUGUAUAAAUAGGAAUACUCUGCGGACAAUAAUCAAUCUACCUACGACCGGUUCUUGGCUCCUGGCUAUUCCAGGUUGACCAAGGUUGUAAA